AUGAAAAGUUUAUUUUUGUUGCUCCUUUUCUGUCAUGUUGUAUCUCCAAUGACUCACUCCCUGCAACUGUUCUACACUGGAUCGCUGAGAGUCCCAAACUUCCCAGAGUUUGUUGCUGUUGUAAUGGUUGAUGGAGUUGAGGUGAUUUACUGUGACAGCAACACUACAAUAGCAGAACCCAAACAGGACUGGAUGAAAAAACUACUGAAAGAUGAUGUAAAACACAUGGACUGGUACAAUGAUGAGUGUCGUCAUAGUCACAGCUUCUUCAAUACCACCAUUGAGAGAAUGAUGCAGCAAUUUAACCAAAUUGGAGGUGUUCACACUUUCCAGCAGAUGUUUGGCUGUGAGUGGGACGAUGAGACUGGAAAGGUUAAUGGUUUUAAUCAGUAUGGUUAUGAUGGAGAAGACUUCAUAGCACUUGACCUGAAGACAGAGACAUGGAUCGCUCCUAAACCACAAGCUGUCCCCACCAAACACAAGUGGGACAAUGACAAAACAGGAUUAGCGGCCAUUAAAACCUAUCUCACCCAACAUUGUCCUGACCAGGUGAAGAAGUACGUGGACUAUGGGAGGAGCUCUCUGCUGAGAAAAGACUUUCCCUCAGUGUCUCUCCUCCAGAAGUCUCCCUCCUCUCCAGUCAGCUGCCACGCUACAGGUUUCUACCCAAACAGAGCCAUAAUGUUCUGGAGGAAAGAUGGAGAGGAGCUUCAUGAGAACGUGGACCAUGGAGAGAUCCUCCCCAACCACGAUGGAACCUUCCAGAUGAACAGUGACCUGGACCUUUCAUCAGUCCCACCUGAAGACUGGGAGAAGUACGACUGUGUGUUUCAUCUCUCUGGUGUGAAGGACAUCGUCACCAAACUGGACAAAGCAGUGAUCUGGACCAACAGAGGUAAGACUUCUAUCAGAAGUGAUGAUGUGUAUCAGUCCCUGAAACUGUUCUACACUGGAUCGGUGAGAGUCCCAAACUUCCCAGAGUUUGUUGCUGUUGUAAUGGUUGAUGGAGUUGAGGUGAUUUACUGUGACAGCAACACUACAAUAGCAGAACCCAAACAGGACUGGAUGAAAAAACUACUGAAAGAUGAUGUAAAACACAUGGACUGGUACAAUGAUGAGUGUCGUCAUAGUCACAGCUUCUUCAAUACCACCAUUGAGACUCUGAUGCAGCAAUUUAACCAAACUGGAGGUGUUCACACUUUCCAGCAGAUGUUUGGCUGUGAGUGGGACGAUGAGACUGGAAAGGUUAAUGGUUUUAAUCAGUAUGGUUAUGAUGGAGAAGACUUCAUAGCACUUGACCUGAAGACAGAGACAUGGAUCGCUCCUAAACCACAAGCUGUCCCCACCAAACACAAGUGGGACAAUGACAAAACAGGAUUAGCGGCCAUUAAAACCUAUCUCACCCAACAUUGUCCUGACCAGGUGAAGAAGUACGUGGACUAUGGGAGGAGCUCUCUGCUGAGAAAAGACUUUCCCUCAGUGUCUCUCCUCCAGAAGUCUCCCUCCUCUCCAGUCAGCUGCCACGCUACAGGUUUCUACCCAAACAGAGCCAUGAUGUUCUGGAGGAAAGAUGGAGAGGAGCUUCAUGAGAACGUGGACCACGGAGAGAUCCUCCCCAACCACGAUGGAUCCUUCCAGAUGAGCAGUGACCUGGACCUUUCAUCAGUCCCACCUGAAGACUGGAGGAGGUACGAGUGUGUGUUUCAUCUCUCUGGUGUGAAGGACAUCGUCACCAAACUGGACAAAGCAGUGAUCAGGACCAACAGAGGAGAGUCCCAUGUUGGUCCUAUAAUUAUCAGAGCUGUUGGAGUACUGCUUCUGCUGGCACUUGUCUACACUGGAUGCUUUAUCUGUAAAAGGAAACAUAAUGGGUACCAACCUACUAACAUUCAAAUGGACCAAAGCUGA